CCGACAUCAUUCUGUUUCUCUUUGGUGACUUGUGCCGCCAAUUGUCCUCCUCCUUCCGUCUUGGAACUGCAAGUGCGCGUUUCUGGACAACAACAAGAAAAAUCGCCAACCUGUGCACAACCGCUUCCUCCAUUCCGUACUUAUUUUUUGCAAGAUCCAUCCAGCGCUUUGAGAAAGGAAUCAACUAACCACACUGCGGGCGGGUCGAGUCGCGCGGUUUCAGCAUCCAACGUUCUUGGCCGUUCGCUGAAACGAUAACAGCGAAGCACCAGCCAGUCGCGCGCCAAGAGCUAGCCACAUUUGCACCCAUUCGCCCCGGGCGGUUCUGGCUUCUGAAAAGGCAGGCUAACGAGACGAGGACAUCCACACCAAACCAAAAUCCACUUUCCUUCGUGCCGUUGGCGAGACGCUCAUCCUUGUCUGCCUCUUUCCCUUGUUGAGCCGUCGAUUCGGAAUCAUCUGGGCAGAAGCUUUCCGCUUUCUCUUUGCCUUCUGUCAGCGUUGGAAGUGGAAAGCGACUCUUGCGAGACAGAAAAAUCUGAUUACUUGUGGUCCCACGGUUAGUUGUAAGGAGAGUGAGAACGUGAACAAAACCCGAGCCACUUAAGUCGGUACCGUCUGCAUACAAUAAGUACCUUGACUUGAGCUGGGAACCCCCCUCUUCACCGACUCAAUAACCCGACCGGACGAACGAACCGAACCAUCACGGUACACAGCCAGGAUUUUGAUUUUACUCUUUUGGAGUGGCAGCGGGACUUGGAACCCGCUUGCAGAGACGAAGGCAGACGAACAACACGCCAAUUUGGUUCCACAACCAUAAACGAGCAGCCCGGAAUUUUCACAGCAAGAAUUAAUCCAAACCAUAGAAGACCUGCCAACCUGACAUAUCAACAUCAACAACAACAACUAUCUUCCUGUCGAGGCCCAUUUUAGCUUUCUGAAAAAAGCUGUGGUGGUGGACGCUGCGCGAUUGCACGACCUGCCUGUCGACCCGCAUUGUGCCACCCUCCGGCCUUGUCGAGUUUCACCGCCCCUCGAUCUCGACCCCAAAUUACACCAAAACGGCCACCACAAAAACAUGGAGUUCGAUCGCAAAACACGGGACAGCAGGCACGACAGCAAAUAUGAUGAUCAGGAAGAAACGUCAAAGUCGCCGCUCCCAUCAUCAUCAUCAAGUCCAUCCGGGACCAAUUCCUCUCCGGUCGAGCUAGAAUCCGACAAGCAGAGGACCAUGGAGCACGACUCCCUUGUUUCCGUCCGCCUCUCUGGAUCUUCGAGGUCUUCACUCCAAAUCGACACCAAUGUUUCCCCACCACGGAACAAUGUCGGGGGCCUCGAAGACUCACCCUGCGCGUCGCCAACCGAUGAUGCGGAGACCGAAACGAUCAAGGAAGAAAAGAACGACGAGGAUCGUCAUGACGAAGUAAAGACGCUGGCGUCGACAUACAGCCCAAGCUUGCGGGAAGAGCUUGAGAGCGUGCAAGAGGGCGAUGAGGAAGCGGAAGACGACAACGAUGAUGCACGCAGUGAGGCCUCAAGCGCUGAAUCCGAGGAUGUGAACUGGGACGAUCUGCAAAAGAAAGAAGAUGAGCAGGUCAAAGAGCAAGAUGUAGAUAAUACACAGUCGACUGCGAUGCUGCUAGCGAAACUGGAGCAGGAAAACAAUAAGAUCGCGACAAAUCCCAAGAGUGUCAAGGUUGCCGCCGUGGAAAAGGUCGCUUCGCCAGGCCGCAAACCGAGACCACCAUCCAUGGCGCAGCUACGACAAAUGGUCAAUGGACCAACCCCUCCUGCUCUCAGAUACUCGGUCCUGCCACCACCGCCCAUGACGGAGCUCGAAUUCUACAUGGCCCUGGUCAAAGAUCCGAAGCAGACGGCAGCCAGACUUCCCACUCUGCUCUCCAACAAGAUCAGAAAGGGCAUCCCGCCGCCGCUGCGUGGUGUGGUGUGGCAGAGCAUGUGCGGCGCUCGUGACAAGGACCUCGAGGACGUGUUCGAACGGUUAUCUGGCGAGUCAAGCCCAUAUGAGGGCAUCAUUGGCAAAGAUCUCGGACGAAGCUUCCCCGGCGUGGAGAUGUUUAGGGAUCCCGAGGGCGACGGACAGCGCAUGCUUGGUCGUGUGCUCAAGACGUUCAGUCUGUACGACACGAAAAUCGGGUACUGUCAGGGACUUGCGUUUCUGGUCGGACCCUUGUUGAUGCACAUGCCGGACAAACAUGCAUUUUGCGUUUUGGUUAGGUUGAUGGAGAACUACGAUCUGCGCCAUUGCUUUGUGCCCGACCUGUCCGGACUGCACGUCCGAAUCUACCAAUUCACCGAACUGCUGAAGCAGCAUCUGCCCGUGGUGGCGGACCAUCUCGAAGACUUGGGCGUUGAACCGGCCUAUGUUUCACAAUGGUUCCUGUCCUUCUUCGCGGUGACCUGCCCCCUGCCCAUGCUGUUUCGCAUCUACGAUGUGAUAUUUGCGGAGGGGGCCUCGGAAACGAUUAUGCGAGUAGCGCUGAGUCUGAUGCGCAAGAAUGAGGGCCGCAUCCUGGCGUGCACGGAGAUGGAGGACGUCAUGCAGCUGCUUUUGUCUCGCGGCUUGUGGGAUUGUUACCACUACAAUGCGGACGAGUUCGUCCAGGACUUUGUCGCAUUGUCGGACGUGGUCACCCGCGAACGAAUGGCAUUGCUCGAGCAGGGGUACCGGGAAGCCAAGAUUCCUCCAAGCGCCAAUCCCAAGAGCGAGGAUGCGCCAGGGUCUGAUGUUGCAACAGCAGCCUCCCGCUUUCUGGGUCGCUUGUGGGCUUCCUCAUCAACCCCGAAAUUGGCCUCUUUCGCGUCGGCAGUUCAGGGGUCCUCCACCGCGUCCUCGUCUUCGCCCACCACCAUUUCGUCUGGUAGUAGUACCCUUAGCCCCGGUCUGUCACGUCCCCUCAGCAUGCUCCGCCGCAGCACAUCGAAACAGAGUAUAGCUUCUACAUUCAAUUCCAUGGAGGCUGCAUCACAGUCAUCAUCAGCGUCGUCGUCGGCCAGUGUCUUGAGCUCUGCUUCGACCGAAGCGACGUCGGUCCAGUCGCGCGACAGCUCCACCACCGUCGACCACGAUCCAUCAAGGGACUCGGUGGCUCUUGGCAGCAGCGCCGCUAGCACCAAGGCCAAACAGGCGCACUUCUCGGUUACCCCCAGCCUCUACCAAGACGACCGCAAGCACUUGCACACACAGAUCGAGGACCUGCUCACCGCCCUUAGCGAACUACAACGCAACCAUGCCCUGCUGGCCAGCCAAUUGCAGAAGGAAAGAGAAGAACGCGAAGAAGAUCGCCAGGCUGUCCGCUCGCUGCUCGACGGUCUACGAAAGAAGGCGAACCCUGCACAGUCGUAUGCGGCGGCAGCAAGAGAAGCCGAGGAAGACGACGACGAAACCCCGCACAAAGAUGUCGAAAUCGAUCUCAGCCCCGAGGAGCUGUCCGACCUGCUCGACUUUGUCGCCGACCGAUUCAGCGAAGAAGAUCCCAACAAGGCGACAAUACCGCAAACCAAGGAGCAGCUGCAUGAAGACCUUGUACGAGUAAGAGAGCAACUAUCGAACGAACAAGCAAAGACACAAGAAUGCAACCGCAGGAUACACGAUAUGGAGCAAGAGGUGGCUACCAUGAAAGAACAACUGAGGGAAACCCACGCCCAUGUGCGCAACAUGCAUGCGGAAAAGCAGCGCCUUGAGCGCCAAAUCCACGGCAUGCGGGUUAGAGCCUCAGAUACUACGCCUUCCUCGGAAGGAGGCGACUGGUUUGGGCGCUCAUCGGUGAGCGGCAGCAGCGUGUCCGGCAGCGGUCUGCGCGAGUUGAAGCUCGUGCGCAGCAAGUCCUCGCCUGCGCCACCUCCCGUGUAUCCUACCAAGCGAUCCUCCAGCAUGAUGACUACCUCGACGCUGGCCUCCACCCACAGACGCAACACGAGCAAUUCUACCGCCAUCUCGGCAAUGACCUCCAACUCCCCUCCGGCUCCGGCGCCCGUCUCUCUUGCAGCAGCAAGCCCCGCCAACACGGGUCAGGCCCCGAACAACGAAAACGAUGCGCUCUUGCUCGAGCUCGUGCAGGCCAAGACGGCCGAGGCCAUGGCCAAGCAGGAGGCGGAAGAGGCGAAGCAACAGCUCGAAAGGAUGCGCAAGGCAUUUGGGCUGGCACCAGGUGAGAUGCCGUCGAUGAACUCGCAGUCAGCGCAUAAUAGCAUGGCUGGCAUGUUUGGGCGGUUGACUGGCCCUUCUACGCCCGAUGGCGGCCCCGGGUUGCAGAAGGUGGUCACCUCGCCGGCGGCGACGUCAGCUGGGAAUACUGCCAGUGGUGCUAGCUUUUGGGGUUGGGGAAGGAAGUGAAGUAUUGGGGUCCAAAUUGAACCAUCUGGAUAAAAUGCAUGGGAUAGAGACAAGUGACAGGAUCAUUGUUUGACGUGGCUGGAAGAAGGAGGAUUGUAUCUUAUGCAUACCAGGUGACAUAGGCCUGACAUUGGUGGAUCGGGGGUUGACACAGGCCCAGGUGAUAUUUUUCUACGUGUAGACAGUACUCGAUCAAGAAAGAGUUUGGACUGGAGUGGACGAAGGGAAGAAGCGGCGGCGUCCAGGUCUUCAUCAUGGUAUGUCAUCAUCACUUAUCAUAUUGUGCGUAUCGUUUGAACAUUAAAAAGGUACAUACAUAGAGUCUUCUGUUGUCUCUGUUCUGGCUUUCGGGAAAGCCUAUCAUCAUCUUUUACAUCAUGACGAAGUCCCGAGAGGACACUUUGGGUUUUUAUCAUUUUCACAUGUUCAUAUAGUUCAAACUCAUUUUCUCAAAUC